AUGGCACAAUCCCACGCUUGCUGUACCGUUCCUCCCGUCAUCAGCAAGGGCUAUGAUGCAAAGGGCACUUAUACCACCAUUGAUGGUAUGAAGACCUAUGUUACUGGCCCUAGCGAUGCAAAGAAGGCUAUCCUGGUUGUUUACGACAUAUUUGGCUUCAAGGACCAGACUCUGCAGGGUGCGGAUAUUUUGGCGACUGGCGAUGAGGAGAACAAGUAUUUGGUUGUUAUGCCUGACUUCUUUGAGGGCAAGCCGGUUGACAUUAACGACUACCCUCCUGACACUAAGGAGAAGGGUGAACGUCUCGGCAAGUUCUUCGAGACUACCGGUGCACCACCCAAGACUGUCGGCCGCGUCCCCAAGGUCAUCGACGAGAUCAAGUCUCAGCAUAAGAGCAUCCAAUCCUUCGGCAUCGUCGGCUUCUGCUGGGGCGGCAAGAUUGUGAACCUGUCUUCGCAAAAGGACACUGUCUUCAAGGCCGCUGCUGCAUGCCACCCUGCCAUGGUCGACCCCAACGACGCCGCUGGAAUCAGCAUCCCUAUCGCCAUGUUGCCCAGCAAGGACGAGGACAAGGAGGCAGUGGAGAAGUGGGAGCAGGGUGUCAAGACCAAGCAUCUUGUCAAGUGGUACAACGACCAGGUCCAUGGCUUCAUGGCUGCUCGUGCCGACCUCGAGGACGAGAAUGUCAAGAAGAACUACAUGGAUGCUUACGGCGUCUUGUUGAACUUCUUCCACGAGCACCUGUAA